AUGGAGAGAGGUGUUGAUUUUCAUCCUCUAUUGAGAGGUGGAAGAAGGAGAGAGAAAUAUAGAAAUCCUUUUUCUUCAGAUGAGAUGAAAUCACUUGCAAGCAUAUGUGAAGCUUUGUUGCCUCCUCUUGACACUCAAUUUUUGAACAUCAAAGGAAUUCAACCAACAAACAAGGCUAUGAAGUUCUGGGAAGCUUCUGGCUCUGAUUUCUCUAUCCCUCAAGAGGUUGCAGAGAUGAUAGCUGAGAGAGCACUACCAGAAGCAUUUACAAUCGUUAGAGUGAUUCUAUGGAUGCUAUCAACAAGGUUUGGCACUUUGUUGCUAUGUGGAUCUCUUUGUCACACUAAGAAAUGGCCUUUCAUCAACACUUUCUCAAAUAUUUCUUUGCAAAACCGAGAAAUUGUUCUUCAGAAAUGGUUCAAGCAUCGCUUCUUGACACCUGUUAGACUUGCAUUUCUUUCCAUCAAAAUCUUUUUAGUCAUCGUGUUCUUCUCUCAGUGUAAUGAGAAUGGUGAGAACCUUGCAUGGGAAGCUAUCGGUUAUCGUGUCGAUAAUCAUGAAAACGCAAACGAUAUUUGCAACGAGAGGCCACUUGAAAAGGGAAUAGUCGAAGCUAUGAAUGAAGAUAGUGUGAGUUUGCCGCAAUCUCUUUCAAAGAAAGGUCUUGAAAUUGAAAUAGAUUCUAAAAACAACAUCCUCAAAGUGAAAUGCGAUGUGGUGAUCGUCGGUUCUGGUUGCGGUGGAGGAGUUGCAGCUGCUGUUCUUGCAAGUUCAGGCCUUAAGGUUCUUGUUCUUGAGAAGGGUAACUACUUUACUCCAAGAGAUUAUUCUUCUCUAGAAGGUCCUUCUAUGAAUGAGCUUUAUGAAUCAGGAGGAACUUGUUCAUCUUUGGAUGGGAAAAUUGCUAUUCUAGCAGGUACAACGGUUGGUGGAGGUUCUGCUGUUAAUUGGUCCGCGUGCAUUAGAACACCGGAUUAUGUUCUCAAGGACUGGUCAGAGAAUCAUAACCUAUCACUCUUUUCAAGCUCUGAAUAUGUUUCUUCCAUGGACAUCGUGUGUAAAAGGAUCGGCGUAACGGAUACUUGCGUCGAGGAAGGACUACAGAAUCAAGUUCUCCGAAAAGGCUGUAAGAAUCUCGGUCUUCAAGUUGAUUAUGUGCCGAGAAAUUCGUCACAACAUCAUUACUGUGGAUCAUGUAACUAUGGCUGUAGAAAGGGAGAUAAACAAGGGACUGAUGUUACGUGGCUUGUCGAUGCCGUGGAACAUGGUGCUGUAAUACUAACAAGAUGCAAAGCUGAAAAUUUUAUCUUGGUAAAUAACAAAGAAGGAGGUAUGAGAAGAAAGAAAUGCUUAGGAGUUAUGGCCAAUGUUUUAACAGAAAACAUCACAUGGCGAAUUCAAGUUGAGGCCAAGGCAACAAUCUCGUCCUGCGGAGCAAUUUCCACGCCACCUUUAAUGGUCUCUAGUGGACUAAAGAAUAAGAACAUCGGCCGAAACCUUCAUCUUCAUCCGGUGCUAAUGACGUGGGGACAUUUUCCAAACUCGCUGUCCGAUCUCAAGGGUAAAAGCUUUGAGGGAGGAAUAAUAACUUCUGUACACAAAGUGUUAUCGAAAGAAGACGAAUCCAAGGUAAAAGCUAUAAUUGAAACUCCAGCACUAGCGCCGGGAGUUUUUUCUACCUUGUUUCCUUGGGAAUCUGGAUUUGACUUCAAAGAAAGAAUGCUAAGAUAUUCAAGAACCGUUCACUUGAUCACAAUUAUUAAGGACAGAGGCUGCGGAGAGGUUAGGACCGAGGGUAGGAUAAAGUACGAGUUAGACGAAGAGUUCGACAAAGAGAACAUGAAGCAUGGACUGCAGCGGGCGCUGAGGAUUCUAAUAGCGGCUGGAGCGGUUGAAGUAGGAACUCACAAAAAUGGAGAGAGAAUUGUUUGCAGCGGAACUAAUGAGAAAGAAUUGAAAAAAUUUGUGGAAGCAAUAUGCGCGACAGGAGGGCCAAUGUCACAUGAAGAAAGAUGGAGUAUGUAUGCAUCUGCUCACCAGAUGGGAAGUUGUAGGAUGGGAAUGACCGAAACGGAAGGCGCGGUCGACGAAAAUGGAGAGAGUUGGGAAGCUGAAGGACUAUUUGUGUGUGAUGCAAGUUUGCUUCCAACUGCAAUUGGAGUCAAUCCCAUGAUAACUGUUGAAUCUAUUGCAUAUUGUGUUGCCAAGAGAAUUGCAAGUAGUAUAAAAGUUUAA